AUGGGGACUCAGGCACCUGCUCCGGAGAGCUCAUACGUCCAUUCAACUGACAGCGUGUGGUCGUUGAAGCCUGCUGGUGCACCUGUGUUUCAAUCCAUGUCUCCAGCUGCUGCUCCCAUUCUCUUCGUCAAGAAGAAGACAGGCAAUUUGAGACUUUGUGUCGAUUAUCACGGUCUCAACUCGAUGACAAAAAAGAAUCACUACUCGCUUCCCCUCAUCGACGAUCUUCUCGACCGCGUCCAGGGCUGCAAGGUGUUUUCUGUCCUCGAUCUCAAGAACGCCUUCAACCAUGUGCGAAUCAAGGUCGGCGAUGAGUGGAAGACCGCUUUUUGGACUUAUUUAGGUUUAUUCAAGUACACAGUGAUGCCCUUUGGGCUCACCAAUGCUCCAUCCACUUUCCAGGCAUUCAUCCAGGACACGCUUUGUGACCUGCUUGACGUCGUCUGUGUGGUUUACAUUGACGAUAUUCUCAUCUUUUCUCGCACCCAGGAGGAACACGAUCUACAUGUCCAGCUCGUACUCCAGCUGUAG